AUGCUGGUGGGCUUUAGAGCCUUUUAAUUACAUAACUGGCAGGGUUAUCCCACAUCACAGGUGUUUAGAAGAGAGCAGUUUCUCCCUUCUGAUGUCCUGUAGUGGUUUCUCCCGUGCCGAUGUCCCAUGGAGGGUGAGACACCCUCCCUGGCAUAGCCAUCAUUCGGGCAGUGGACCAAAACAACCUGAACUCUGUGUGUAACAACUCCACCCUUGGCCUCCCCUCCCUAGACUGGUAUUACCACCUUCCCAUGCAGCAGUCCAAGAAGGCUGUGGAUGCUCCACCAGCGUCCCAGAUCCCAGGUCUCAGUGAUCUGAGGGAACCAGCCAAUGGGCACGCGCUUGGGACGCGAAGGUACUGGAUCAGAGAAACAGACUCCGAGUACGUGAAGCUUGCCAAGCAAGGUGGCCGGCCUGAUCUGCUGAAGCACUUUGCCCCCGGAACCAGGAAAGGCUCCCCGGUCACCUACUCUUUACCAGACUGGUACGUCCACCACAGCAAGCCGCCCUCGGCCGACCAGAGACAAAUCCCUGCUGUCUCCAUGCCAGAUUACAUGGUUUAUGAAGAGUUUAACCCCGAUCAGGCCAACGGUAACUAUGAGUCCAGAAGAGGGCCAUUUGACUUUGAUGUGAAGACAGUUUGGCAAAGGGAGGCCGAGGAACUUGAAAAGGAGAAAAAAAAGGUGAGGCUACCAGCCAUUAACUCAAAGUAUCCAAGCAAAGUGGGGACUCCACUUGCCCCCAAAGACCCUGCAGGAAGUAGACUCUCCUUUCCUCCCAUGCCUGGUCAAAAAACCAGUUCACCCACAAACUUUUCCAAACUUAUUAGCAAUGGUUAUAAGGAUGAGUGGUUACAGCAGCGAGCUGAUUCAGACAAGAGGACCCCGCAGACAUGCAGAGCACCCGCAUCCUCUCAGUCUGCGCAAGACCCUGAAGGGCAGCAGGAGGCAGAGCCGUGCCCAGACCCGGAGGUUCUUGGAGGCUCUGAGGAAGUUCAAGAGCCUUCUCCCCCAAGUCCAACAGCGUCUCCACCUGCGCCAACACCAGCAGAGCUCAAAUAACCUCCGAUACAAUAU